GGGCCUCAGGCGCCGCGGGGCAGAGGAGGGUGUUUCCCGCCGGACGAGUUAGGCGUGGCGCUGCCGCGGCCGCUGCGGGCAGUGCUGAGGAGGUGAUUUCAAAGCCACUCAGGCCAUGGCCUUUGAAAGGAUAAACCAGAAGGACUGGUACAAGGUCCUGGGGGCCAAACCAUCAGACAGCCCAGCAGAACUGAAACGGAAGUACCAGAAACUUGCUUUGAUGUAUCAUCCCGACAAACAGGAGGCAGAUGUGCCAGCAGGAGAAGUGGAGGAGCGCGUGCAGCGGUUCAUCGAAGUUGAUCAAGCGUGGAAAAUUCUAGGGAACGAGGAGACAAAAAAAGAGUAUGACCUGCAGCAGCGUGAAGAUAACCUGACAAAAGAAUGGCCACUUCAUGCACAGAUUUAUCUUGAGGACAUGUCCUGGAAUGAAGAUGAACAACUCUACACUCUGUCCUGUCGAUGUGGUGGGAAUUACAGUGUCUUCAAGAGUGAAACCAAAGAUGUGUCUUUGGUUUGUUGUGACACAUGUUCACUUGUUAUCGAGAUCCUGCAAUGAUUGUUUCAAUGAAGCACAUAGAGCGUUACAAACUUUUCAAAGGACUGGACAAACAAGUGACAGCAUCUGCUAAAGAAAUGUAUGUUAAAGAAAAGGGAGGCACUACAAGAACAAGUUAAUUCAGGCCUAAAAAUGACAAGUGCCCCUUUGCUCACACAGCUCUGCAGAAAUGAGGCUUGGAUUUUCCUUCUGCAGCUGAAGAGCUCUUUAUUAAACACCUCCAACCCAGAACAUGAGUUCUCUACAACUGGAAUGGAUCUCCUGAUCUGUUUCUUUCUGAGCAAACAACAGAGUAGCUUCUUUCAAUUUCAGUCUGAAGCAGCUCUACCUUGGGCCCUUCCUCUUAGGUUAAAUCCUUUUAACAGCUCAGAUGACAAAAUUCCAUCAGGAGGCACAGGUAUGAGAAUCCUUUGAAGAUAAUGAAGAGCAAGGUUCAGCAGUGGGAAACAGGAACAUUUUCUAUUUAUAAGCUAAAUAUUUAAGUUCAGGAAAUCCUCUCCAAGACUGGAGCCUAGAAGGAGGAGGCAGAGGCUGGCAGCUGGAAGCAGCUGGGUGUCCCAGUGCUGAGGAGCAGGGUGGUGCCUGUGCCCUGCCCUGUGGCAGUGACAUCACCUGGGCAGCCUGGAGCACGAGCACAUGUUGAGCUGAGGUUCUCCAUCAUCAGAAAAAGGAGUCAUCAUUCCUGAGAGGAAAGCUAAGGAGGAAGCUGUGCUCUGACCCCACCGGUGCUGUGUUCAGUGCCAGCCCUGGCACCACCUGCUGAUGUAGGGAGAGCCAGGGGAUGGCUCAUGGCUCUGGCUGUGUGACAGCACAGAAGUGCACUGUGCCUUUUCCAUCCUUCUUAAUACUCAGUGCUAACCUUGGCUUGGAGCAAAUCCCCAGAACUUUCCCAUAAAUCCAGACACUCACUGUGGCUCACCAGAGGAAGCAGGGCAAGAGGCACAUCAUUUUUGUAUCAUUCCCAUUCUGAAGUUAGGUGUAAUCUCAGACAUCUUUGUCAAGUAAUAUUUGUGUUUAUUCUAAACAAAAAUAGUUCCAUUCAUUCUAGUAGAAAAUACUAUGAAAACCGUCAAUAGUAACUUAAGUCUUUUAAUCAUCAAGAAAUCUGUGGCCAUUGGGGCUUGCACGUAGAAAUCCAAAGUCAUUCAGAGGCCAUAUCUGUAAAAUAAAGCACAGGUACAAGAGAUUUUAAUCACAAUUCAAAGUUCAGUAUUUUUCAUUUGUUACUGUAAUUGUUUCAUAAACAGCAUCUUUUUUUCUCUCUUUGGUAAAGAACUUUGCUCACUGAUGUGCUUCUCUUACUAGGAGUAAUAAAUACUGUGUAUUACAGGGAAUUGUUCCAUAGUGUGAACUUUACAACUUAUACAGGGCAUGCUUUGCUAUGAUGAGCCUCACAAAUUCCAUUGCUUUUUUCACCUUUGGAAAUAAAUAUGUCCCUAAAGA